CCCAGCCGCUCAAUCAUUAAAGGAGAGGAGUAAACUUUGCUCUUCCCCACUCACAGCGGAGUCGCAGGAUCGGACUGAGGCGUCUCACAAACGAGGACUCGACCCACUCAGGCAACAUGGUGAAAGUCGGAAUCAAUGGAUUCGGCCGUAUCGGUCGCCUGGUGACCCGGGCAGCCUUCCACUCCAAGAAGGUGGAGAUCGUGGCCAUCAACGACCCCUUCAUCAACCUGGAGUACAUGGUCUACAUGUUCAAGUACGACUCCACCCACGGCCGCUUCAAGGGCGAGGUGUCCGUGGACGGAGACAAGCUGGUCAUCAACGGACAGAAGAUCACCAUCUUCCAGGAGAGGGACCCUGCCAACAUCAAGUGGGGUGAUGCUGGCGCCGAGUACGUGGUGGAGUCCACCGGAGUCUUCACCACCAUCGAGAAGGCCUCUGCUCACCUGAAGGGCGGCGCCAAGAGGGUGAUCAUCUCUGCCCCCAGCGCCGACGCCCCCAUGUUCGUCAUGGGCGUCAACCACGAGAAGUACGACAACUCCCUCAAAGUUGUCAGCAACGCCUCCUGCACCACCAACUGCCUGGCCCCUCUGGCCAAGGUCAUCCACGACAACUUCGGCAUCAUUGAGGGCCUGAUGAGCACCGUCCAUGCCAUCACCGCCACGCAGAAGACCGUGGAUGGCCCCUCCGGUAAGCUGUGGAGGGACGGCCGCGGCGCCAGCCAGAACAUCAUCCCCGCCUCUACUGGGGCUGCCAAAGCAGUGGGCAAGGUCAUCCCCGAGCUCAACGGGAAACUGACCGGCAUGGCCUUCAGAGUCCCCACCCCCAACGUGUCUGUGGUCGACUUGACCGUCCGCCUGGAGAAACCCGCCAAGUACGACGACAUCAAGAAGGUGGUGAAGGCUGCUGCUGACGGUCCCAUGAAGGGAUUCCUGGCUUACACAGAGGACCAGGUUGUGUCCACGGACUUCAACAGCGACACCCACUCCUCCAUCUUUGAUGCUGGCGCUGGCAUCGCCCUCAACGACCACUUUGUCAAGCUGGUCUCAUGGUACGACAAUGAGUUCGGCUACAGCAACCGCGUGUGCGACCUGAUGGCUCACAUGGCCGCCAAGGAGUAAGGCUUCCACCGCUGUGUUGGUUUUAUAUCCGAGACCCGCUUUGACCCCUGAGGAAGGUCCCUUGCAUCACAAAUGAGAUUGAAAUUGGUGACCAAGUUUUUGUAUCUGUUCUGAUCUCUGUGGUGGAGAGAAGGUGUGAGGAGUGACAAUAAAGUCCUGCGUUUGUGAGA